AUGAAUGGAGGUUCGAAAGCUCCAAUUUUUGCACAGAAGUGUCGAAAGCUCCAAAUCUUGACUGGUUCAAGAGCUCCAAUUUUGGCAGGUUCAAAAGCUCCAAUUUUGACAGGUUCGAAAGCUCCAAUUUUGACAGGUUCAAAAGCUUCAAUUUUGACAGGUUCAAAAGCUCCAAUUUUGACUGGUUCAAGAGCUCCAAAUCUUGACUGGUUCAAGAGCUCCAAUUUUGACAGCAGUUGCAGAAACAACAGUAGAAACAGCAGAAGUAGAAAUGCCAGAAGCAGCAACAACAGCAACAUCAACUAUAAAAAGAGAAGCAGCAGAAACAACAGCAACACAAAACAGCAGCAACAACAACGGCAGCAGCUGCAGAAACAACAGCAGCAGCUACAGAAACAACACAGCACCUGCAGUAACACUAGCAGCAGAAACAACAGCUACAUAGCAGCAGCAGCAAAAGAAACAGCACUAGCAAAAACAGCAGCAUCCUCAACAGCAGCUGCAGAUACAGUAGCAACAGCAGCUGCAGAAACAACAGCCUCAGAUACAACAGCAGCAGCAGUAAAACAAACAGCAACAACAGAAGCUACAGUAACAGCAGCUUCUGCAGAAACAGCAGCAACAGCUGCAACAGCAGAAAUAGCAACAUCCGCAACAGCAGCGGCAGCAGCUGCAGAAACAACAGCCUCAGAUACAACAGCAGCAGCAGCAAAAACAGCGGGAAAAGAAGCUGCAGAAACAACAUCAGAAAACGCAGCCUCAGAAACUGCAGCAACAGCAACAACAAAAGCAGAAGAAACAACAGCAGAAACAGCCGCAACAGCAGCUGCAGAAACAGCAGCAACUGCAGCUACAGCAACUCCAGCAUCCUGCACAGGAACUCCCUCUGCCGCCUCCUCCUCCUCCUCCUCCUCCUCCUCCUCCUCCUCCCCCUCCUCCUCCUCCUCCUCCUCCUCCUCCUCCCCCGAAAAGCCGAGCGUCCUGCGCCGCUGCUUUCGGGCCAGGCUCCUAAUUGAUUCGAACGUAAAGGAUUAUCUUAAUGGCGAUUUUAGAUUGUCGCCCGAACGUAAAUGGCGUUUGGCUGAAUGGAGGAUCCGAGAGUUCGAGGAAAAACCCGCCCGCUCUGGUCACAGGGGUAUGGGUCUAGUACCCGAGAAGGCCUUGUGGUACAACUCGUCCGGCGGGAAGGCUCUUUCUCGUCCCAGGAAGCAACAAAGAGGGCGACGGUUUUGCCAUUCAGCCUGA